AUUCUUCGGCUAUUCGUUAAAUCUGCUCAAAACAUUGAAGUAAUAAAGGUCGAUUUAGCUGAGGCAAAGAAGCUUUCUCAGGUUUUUAUUUCCACAUUAUCCACUGCUCAUUUCCAUUCGCUCUUCACUCUACCUUCUUACUCGGUCGGCUCUUCCUCGCAGUUGGCAGAGAUGAAUGUGGAAAAAUUACAGAAGAUGGCUGGCUCGGUCCGCACCGGUGGAAAGGGUACCAUGAGAAGAAAGAAGAAGGCUGUGCACAAGACUACAACGACUGAUGACAAAAGGCUUCAGAGCACCUUGAAGAGAAUAGGGGUGAAUGCCAUACCUGCAAUUGAGGAAGUUAAUAUUUUCAAGGAUGAUGCAGUUAUCCAGUUUAUUUUUUGGCUAUUCGUUGAAUCUGCUCAAAACAUUGGAGCAAUAAAGAUUGAUUUAGCUGAGGUCUUGAUUUACUUCGUCAUUAGAUGCAAAGUCUAUGUUCAAGAGCCGCUCAGCUUCCAAAAGAUGCACGAUUUCUCCACGGCCGACGGCUUUCUGGAGAUAACCGAAGACCUGGCUGACAUGAUAAGGUUUGCAGCAAACGAGCCCUCAGUGGGUCUUUUCUACAUCCAGCAGCACACUCAGAACGCGACCCCCAAUGUCCUCAGUCUCAGAAGCAAAGUCUCGGAAAAAUCCCAAGAGUCUUCCCUACACGCCCAAGAUCUAGAAGAUUCCAUGGACAUGCUGAGGUCGAUGAAAGAGUGUGGGCCCACAAUCACAGAAGAGAUGAUCGAGAACAUCAAGAGAUGUCUCUCUAUCGCGCAACCAAAACUGGGAUCAGCACACAGGGGAACGUGGUCCCCGGCCACCUGGGGGCAAAAUAGUCUUUUUACGCAGACGGACGGCGAGAAGAGGGCAUCGGGCUACCUGUCGAGCAUUUUCAGGCACACGAAGCAAAUGGCCCACAGUUUGGAGUCGAGUCAAGCGGAUGAUUCGUCAACAAGUUUUUUGAGGGCAAAAGAGGAUUUGCCCUUGUCGAGAGAGCUCCAAGAAGAAUCGGUGCCAGAUGAGGAUUUGGCCCAUCAACGGCUGAUUUCGCUGUGUGAGGAGAAUUACGAUGAGUUUAAAGCCGAUCAAGAGGCGAAAUUGGAGGAAUGGCUUGGAGGGAAGGGGGUUUUUAUUUCCACAUUAUCCACUGCUCAUUUCCAUUCGCUCUUCACUCUACCUUCUUACUCGGUCGGCUCUUCCUCGCAGUUGGCAGAGAUGAAUGUGGAAAAAUUACAGAAGAUGGCUGGCUCGGUCCGCACCGGUGGAAAGGGUACCAUGAGAAGAAAGAAGAAGGCUGUGCACAAGACUACAACGACUGAUGACAAAAGGCUUCAGAGCACCUUGAAGAGAAUAGGGGUGAAUGCCAUACCUGCAAUUGAGGAAGUUAAUAUUUUCAAGGAUGAUGCAGUUAUCCAGUUUGUUAACCCUAAAGUUCAAGCGUCUAUUGCUGCCAACACCUGGGUUGUUAGUGGUACUCCUCAGAACAAGAAGCUGACAGAUAUUCUUCCUUCCAUCAUUCAUCAAUUGGGUCCGGAUAACUUAGAAAAUUUGAAGAAAUUAGCCGAACAAUUUCAGAAGCAGGGUCCGGCUGCAGGUGGUGCCACUUCUGGUGUAAGUGGGCCACAAGCAGAUGAUGAUGAUGAUGAGGUGCCUGAGCUUGUUGCUGGUGAGACAUUUGAAGCUGCUGCGGAUGAAGGCAAUACUCAAAAAGCAUCUUAACUAGCUCUUUUUUAUUUGUACCAAUGCUUAUAUUUUCAAGUGUUCUGAAAAUCUUUAAUUUGAUUUUGAACCUGUAUCAAAUGAUGGUGCUAUUUGCUUUUCGUUGGUUAUUUCUUUGUUCACGAUGGCCUUCUAUGCUUUUAUAUCUUAGUGAUGAUGAUCUUGGGGCUUAGACUUCUUGAAACCUGUUUUAUUAUGUAGACAUGGCCACGCGUUGGAUUGGCCAUGUCUUAACCUGUUUUUUAUAAGUGGUUGAGUACUUUUUAAUAUACAAA